AUGCAGCGUGAAGAAGAACCUGGUACAUCUUAUGAUCACAAAGAAGAAGAUGCCCUAGAAAGAGAGAGUAGUGCGAUUGAUGUGAUGCAAGCUGAAUCCACACCGAAGUCUCAAGCUAUACAAAGUUUCGAGGCUAGUAAAGCAGCGAAGCAAGGUGGACCAGUGGAUACAGUGUUCAAAACUGCAGCAAAUGUCGAACUUAUCUUCUGUCAUGAAAUGGAUGAUCAAGCACCGGGAUACUAUAAAAAGGACUACAUUGUGCCAAAGAAACAAAAGAAAAAACGGCAGGAAAAAGUGGACAUCGAAUUUAAGUAUUAUCGUAAAUUGGAUGGGAGGAAGCAUACGUUGCUUAAAGAAUUUGAAGAACAUUUCUGA